GCGCCGGCGUCCUUCAGUCAAUAAAAUUAUUAUCGGGUUUAAAUGUUUAUUACAGUAUCACAUUCGACAAAACAAAAAGCAUACAAGAAUUUUAUGCACCAUGAGUACGAAUACGAAAAGAACUAUCUAUGUGGGAGGCUUAGCCGAAGAGGUUGAUGAAAAAGUAUUACAUGCAGCAUUUAUACCUUUUGGAGAAAUUGUCGAUGUACAAAUACCAUUAGAUUAUGAAUCAGAGAAACAUAGAGGAUUUGCUUUUAUUGAGUUUGAAAGUGCAGAAGAUGCAGCAGCAGCAAUUGAUAACAUGCAGAAUGACUCUGAGUUGUUUGGCCGAACAAUCAGAGUAAAUAUUGCAAAACCACAGAAGAUAAAGGAAGGUUCAUCGAAACCUGUAUGGGCUGAUGAUGUAUGGUUACAAGAGCAUGCAGGUGAAACACUUAAAAAUGAUGAUAAUACAAAAUCAAGUGAUACAGUACAGCCAAAAAAAGGAAAACAGAAUCCUCAAGUAUAUUUUGAUAUUAGUAUCGGAAAACAAGAAGUGGGUAGAAUUAUUAUGAUGUUGAGAGCUGAUAUUGUACCAAAGACUGCUGAAAAUUUCCGUGCCCUUUGUACUCAUGAGAAGGGAUAUGGUUAUCAAGGAAGCACUUUUCAUAGAAUUAUUCCAGAAUUUAUGUGUCAAGGAGGAGAUUUUACAAAUCAUAAUGGGACAGGAGGAAAGUCAAUCUAUGGAAAUAAAUUUGAUGAUGAGAAUUUUGAAUUAAAACAUACAGGACCAGGUACAUUGUCAAUGGCAAAUUCUGGUCCAAAUACAAAUGGAUCACAAUUUUUCAUAUGUACAGCACGUACAGAUUGGCUAGAUGGAAAACAUGUAGUGUUUGGACAUGUUCUUAGUGGUUUAGAUGUUUUAAAAAAAAUGGAAAAAUGUGGAACAAAAACAGGCACUCCUACUCAGAAAGUUGUUAUAAUAGCUUGUGGAGAAUUGACAUAAAUAAUCACAUUUAUUACUUAAUUAUAUUAGCUCUCACAAAUUUUUUAUCAGUUAGAGUUUUUAAUAAACAAAUUUAUGAAAAGUGCUAAUUAAAACAAAAAAGUGUAUGUAAGAAUGUUAUAUGUAAUUAUGAUAAUACACAGUCCUAUAAUUAUUUAUUUUUCAGCUUGAGCUCUGAUUUACAAAAUUUUCUUUCAAUUAUAAGUUUUAAGAUUUAAUUAAGAAAUUUUCAUUUAAAAAACGUGUUUUAAGUACUAAGAUACAUACAUUUGAUAUCAUAGAUGUACUUUUUGUAUUUCAUACUGAGCAUUAUCAUGUAUAUUUCAUGAUGAAUUGCAAUUGAAAAUUUAUAUUGCAGCAUUUCAGCAUAUAUUGCAUUAGCAAACUGCUUUAUUACGAAUAAAUGAAGUAGCUGCUGCUACUCUUGCGUCUGAAAGAAUUUGUGUAAAUUGCAUAGCACCUGGUGUUAUAAAGACUAAAUUUUCACAAAUGA